UCUUUUUUUCUCUUAUUGAGGAUGAUGUUUACUGCAUAUCAAAAGGGGGGAGAUGAAUUGAGAACAGAACAAAUACAAGUUCUCCUCUUUUAAACGACGACAAUUUCGAGGAAUUCCGUACUGCAUUCUCUCUGAUCAACUAGACUUUAGACCUUGAGUGUCCGUAGUUGUUUCUUAGCGACAACUUUGGACUUAGAUGUUUCAGAUGGGAUGGGGGAACAUUUACAGAAGACGCAUGAGAGUGUUCACAGUGGCUUUGAUGAUUUACCUGGACUAUAAGGCUGUACAGCAAAGAGAGAAAUGGACUAGCAAAUCAAAAAGAUAUGCUUUAUGGGAGAGGGCUCACGAGCGCAAUGCUAAGCGUGUUCUGAAUCUGAUUAUACAGUUGGAGGGCUUAUGGGUAAAACUUGGACAAUACUUAUCCACACGUGCUGAUGUGCUUCCAGAAGCAUAUAUAUCUCUUCUCAGGCAGUUGCAGGACUCACUUCCUCCUCGCCCUUUACAGGAGGUUACUCAGACCAUAGAGAAAGAGUUGGGUAGAUCUAUGGAUGUUCUCUUUGUGGAUUUUGUCAAAAAUCCUUUGGCAACAGCAUCAAUUGCACAAGUCCAUCGAGCCACUCUGACUGAUGGGCGAGAGGUGGUUGUCAAAGUUCAACAUCAGGGCAUUAAGACAAUUAUAUUGGAGGACUUGAAGGAUGCAAAAUCAAUUGUUGACUGGAUAGCAUGGGCUGAACCACAAUAUGACUUUAAUCCCAUGAUAGAUGAAUGGUGCAAAGAGGCUCCAAAAGAACUUGACUUCAAUAUUGAAGCUGAAAAUACUAGAGUUGUGUCUAGAAAUCUUGGCUGCACAAACAGAUGUGAAGAUAACAAGCUUGCCAAUAGAGUUGAUGUUCUUAUUCCCGAAGUUAUUCAGUCAAGUGAAUCUGUUCUCGUUUUGGAGUAUAUGGAUGGUAUACGUUUAAAUGACUCUGAAUCUCUGGAAGCUUAUGGUGUUGACAAGCAGAAGGUUGUAGAAGAAAUUACACGUGCAUAUGCCCACCAAAUUUAUGUUGAUGGAUUUUUCAAUGGUGACCCUCAUCCUGGAAAUUUCCUUGUUAGCAAGGCGGCUCCUCAUCGUCCAAUUUUGCUUGACUUUGGGCUUACAAAGAAACUAUCAAACCCUGUGAAACAAGCACUAGCAAAAAUGUUCUUGGCAUCUGCCGAGGGGGACCAUGUAGCUCUUUUGUCUGCCUUCGCAGAAAUGGGACUUAAGCUGCGUCUAGACCUGCCUGAGCAGGUUAUGGAGGUUACAACUGUAUUCUUCCGUAAUUCCACACCAGCAAACGAAGCUCAUGAAACCAUGAAAAAUUUGGCUGAGCAAAGAUCAAAAAACAUGAAGCUUAUACAGGAAAAGAUGAAACUCAGCCAAAAAGAAGUUAAACGCUUCAAUCCUGUUGAUGCUUUUCCUGGUGACAUAGUAAUUUUCUCGCGAGUCCUGAAUCUUCUUAGAGGGCUUUCAUCCACCAUGAAUGUUCGCAUAGUAUAUCUGGAUAUUAUGAGACCAUUUGCUGAAUCUGUUCUAAAAGGAAACAUUAACAAGGGACCAACAGUAAAUCCACAGUGGAUUUAUGAUACCCCAGUCCAUUCUGAUGUGGAGGCUAAGCUGAGGAAGUUAUUAGUUGAGCUGGGGAAUGAUAAUAAAAUACUCGGAAUUCAGGUUUGCGCAUACAAAGAUGGCAAGGUCAUUAUAGAUACUGCUGCUGGAGUACUUGGUAAAUAUGAUCCUCGUCCUGUCCAACCUGAUAGUCUUUUUAAUGUUUUUUCAACAACAAAGGGUGUCACAGCAGGAAUUUUACAUUGGCUGGUUGACAAUGGAAAACUCAAGCUUGAGGAGAAUGUUGCUAACAUUUGGCCAGAAUUUGGCUCAAACGGAAAAGAUUUCAUAAAGGUCCAUCAUGUGCUUAACCAUACGAGUGGUUUGCACAAUGCUUUGGCUGAGCUUGCAGCAAAUCCUUUGCUAAUGGCUGACUGGGAUGAAUGUUUGAACCAGAUUGCCAUGUCAGUACCUGAAACUGAACCAGGCCAACAGCAGUUGUAUCAUUAUCUGUCUUUUGGCUGGCUUUGUGGUGGAAUAAUUGAGCAUGCUUCUGGGAAGAAAAUUCAGGAGAUUCUUGAAGAAGCAUUGAUUCGACCCUUAAAUAUUCAAGGCGAGCUGUAUAUUGGAAUUCCAGCAGGUGUGGAAUCUCGACUUGCAACUCUUACCUUAGAUACAGAUGAUCUCAGCAAGCUGCCAGAGAGACCAUCUCGUCCUGAACUACCUUCUUCAUUCCAGAUUGACAAAAUUGCACAGAUUGCUACCAGCAUGCCGGUUUUAUUUAACAUGUUGAAUACUCGUCGUGCCAUUGUACCUGCUGCUAAUGGACAUUGCUCAGCUCGUGCCCUUGCACGCUACUAUGCAGCCCUAGUCGAUGGUGGGGUGGCCCCACCCCCACAUUCCUCUUUAUCCAAGCCACCACUUGGUAGUCAUACCCACAUCCCCAAAUUUUCUUUAGAGAAGAACUUGGGAAAAUCAAAAGGUAAGAAAAGCAAGGAAGUAACGACUGCUUCAAACAACAAAGAUUUCAAGGGUGCUAGUCCUAAAAGAGACACUACUAUUAACAGUUAUACUAGGCUUGACAAUGGCGGUGGUAGUGGUAGUAGUUCUACAAGCAAGAGCGAUACCGUUAUUACUGUCUAUAAUGAUACUGCUCGCAAGAUUUUCGAUAACCCAAGAAUUCAUGAUGCAUUUUUGGGUGUGGGUGAAUAUGGGAAUUUGGCCUUACCAAAUGGCCAAUUCGGACUGGGGUUUAAGAGGUAUACAGCGAAGGAUGGAUCAUUCAUUGGUUUUGGGCACUCGGGCAUGGGCGGGUCAACAGGUUUCUGUGACAUAAAAAACAGGUUUGCUAUUGCUGUGACCUUAAACAAAAUGUCAUUUGGUACUGCAACUGCAAAAAUCAUUCAGCUUGUUUGUUCCGAGCUUAAUAUCCCACAGCCGGUGGAGUAUUCAGCUGUUCAGGAUCUAGAGAGGCCUAUCAUUAACUGAAAAUGAAGGAUUUCUUUGUAUCUCCUUCGCAUAUAAUUAUGCCACAAGACUAUCUCUCACCCUAAUCAUAUACAUUACUGCUUCCACAGAGGAAGAAGUAAAUAAGUAAACACGUAUACUGAUUAUUUUUCAUUUAGUACAAGUAAUUAUAUUGGAUAGGGAGAUGGCACAAUGAGCUGUAUUUCUGUCUACUUGUAGUGAUAGAUAAUAUAUUCAUUCAUAUAGAGUGUUGAAUUUACAACUUUUUGUCAGUUUCAAAUCAAAUUUCAAUUUAUCA